AUAAAAUUCGAUGCUGGGACUCUUCUUCUUAGUACACACCGGUUGAUUUGGAGAGACCAGAAAAACAAUGAGUGCUGCAUGGCCAUUCCUCUGUCCCAGAUCGUGUUCAUUGAGGAACAGGCAGCUGGAAUUGGGAAGAGUGCCAAAAUCGUGGUUCAUCUGCACCCCCCUCCAUCUAACAAAGAGCCUGGUCCAUUCCAGGGCAGUAAGAACUCCUACAUCAAACUCUCCUUCAAAGAGCAUGGCCAGAUUGAGUUUUACAGGCGUUUGUCAGAGGAGAUGACACAGAGAAGAUGGGAAAGUGUGCCAGUUUCCCAGUCAUUACAAACAAAUAAAGGACCCCAGCCAGGAAGAGUAAGAGCUGUAGGAAUUGUAGGUAUCGAAAGGAAACUUGAAGAAAAGAGAAAAGAAACUGACAAAAACAUUUCUGAGGCCUUUGAAGACCUUAGCAAGCUAAUGAUUAAGGCUAAGGAAAUGGUGGAGUUAUCUAAAUCAAUCGCUAAUAAGAUUAAAGAGAAACAAGGUGACGUCACAGAAGAUGAGACCAUCAGGUUUAAGUCCUACUUGCUGAGUAUGGGAAUAGCCAACCCGGUUACCAGGGAAACUUAUGGCUCAGGCACACAGUACCACAUGCAGCUAGCCAAACAGCUGGCUGGAAUAUUGCAGGCACCUUUAGAGGAACGCGGGGGAAUAAUGUCACUCACAGAGGUGUACUGUUUAGUGAACCGAGCUCGAGGAAUGGAAUUGCUCUCACCAGAAGAUUUAGUGAAUGCUUGCAAGAUGCUAGAAGCCCUGAAAUUACCUGUCAGGCUUCGGGUGUUUGAUAGCGGUGUCAUGGUAAUUGAGCUUCAGACCCACAGAGAAGAGGAGAUGGUAGCCUCAGCCCUGGAGACAGUUUCAGAAAGGGGAUCCUUAACAUCAGAAGAGUUUGCCAAACUUGUGGGGAUGUCUGUCCUCCUGGCUAAAGAAAGGCUGCUACUCGCAGAGAAGAUGGGCCAUCUUUGCCGAGAUGACUCCGUGGAAGGCUUGCGGUUUUACCCAAAUUUAUUUAUGACACAGAACUAAAAAUUUUGUAUCCGAUAUACCUUUUGCCAAUAGACUUGGUAUUAUGCCAAGGCCAUAUGAAAUUGAGCUAAGCAAAGAAUACAAAUAAACCAAGAAUUUGUUAGAACUUUACAAUAUAAUAUAAAACUCUUAAUCUUUCCCUAAAAUACAGUCUCAGAAAUGUAUUUAGGGUACAUAUAGGAAAAAUACAAACGAAUGUGAACAUGCAUUUAAAGUCAUGCUAUAGUUAUGUAGAACUCUUGGAAUUUAACUUGAAACAUGGAGGAUUUUAAUUUGAUCCUUGAAUUUGGGUCCUUUGAGGAAGAAGUAAAGUUGCAUGUUCGAAUCGAUCAGAUAAUCACUUUCUGUGACUAAACUUCACCGAAUUGUCAAUGUUUUCCUCUGCAUCUAAUGUGUCCAUCUUGGGCAUUCAUGAAGAAAGUAAUAGCUAUACUGUAGUUUAAGAACCAACAGCACUGCAUUUACUCCUCAGUUAGGUUCUUUUCAGUUUUUAAGUGAUAAUUUCAUGACUGGCAUUUUAAAAGACUGCAGCAGUAUCAUUUUGUUUAAGAAACAUGGAUUUUGAAACUGAAUUAAAGAGCUGUAUGGACACACCCAGAGUUAUAAUUACAAGUCUGAGAACUGGACAGUUCUGGAAGGACAUUAACUGCAUAGGACCUCAAGUACUCUUGGAAGCCAAGGGUGUGAAGUAGGAAAUGGAAAAGCUGGCAGAUCUCCUUUCUCCUCUCACAAGGAGUCUCAACAUUCAACUAGAAACACUCCUGUCAUAGUCCAGCUAUUUGCCCUUCUCAUGCCCUACAUGUUAUAAGUUGUGUGGAGGAAGCAUUGGAGAGAAAAGUAUUGUUGAUAGCAAAAACUGGCUUUAUCACCUAGAGAUUGAUGGAGUUCUCAACUGAGUUGCUGGACUUCAUAUGUAUAGCACAUUGGCAAUACCUCAAACUCAGGGAGCCCUUUUAGAGGCUUAGCUGGAAGUGGAAGGGUAGUGAUAGUGUCACUUUGGAGCUACAGGGAGGGGUGACCAGGACAUGGGAACUUGAGGAUACUCUCUAGAUGAGGUGGAGGUGGCCAUCCCAGAUGUCCUGUGGAGAAGUGCCAGUGUCCUCAGCUGCAAACUAGGGAACCCCAUCCCUGAUCCCUUCCUGGGAAGUGGCUGCCCAUUGCUUCUGCCCUCCAGUAUCAUGAGAAUGCUGUGACCAAGGCAGCCUCCCUUAGUGUUGUUUUACAAAUCUGUCACUUAUUUUCAAGUGUGGUGACAUCUCCCCUAAUCACCUCAUUGUUUAUCUCAGGUUUACUUCAUGGUUAUUAAUUCAGUGUUGGCUACCCAAAUCUUCUAGGGGUUGGUUACCAUUGUGUCAGUUUAUUAGUGUGUGUCUCUCUCUCUCGGCCACACACAGUCUGUGACAUGGCUCUGGCAGACUUACACAGACACACACACACUCACACACUCACAUACUCACACUUAACUGACUGAGGUUCUUUAAAUCAACAGGUUACUAAUAAUCUGUUCCACCACUUGGAUUGGCUGUAAGGUUGUCAGGUUAUAGGAGCUGCUGAAUCUAGCUCUGAUGGUUUGGAUUCAUCACAACAAACACAUAAUACAUUUGUUUAUUUAGUGUGACAGCAAAUUAACAGAAAAUGGAGCAAUCUGAUUUGUAGAAUGUGAAUGAAAGAUGAAGAAAAAUGACAUAAAUAUACUUUGAAAAAGUCACAUUGAUUAAAAAUGAUUUUUUAAAAAUUUUAUUUAAUCACUGUUUCCAGGCCUUGGUUUAUCUUUUCAGCUGUUUUUCUUUCCCCUUGCCAAAUGUGUUGCUUUUGUCCUUUAGGUACAGGCCGAGUUUAAAUACAAACCAAUCAAACCCUGGGUGCAAAAAUAUUCGACUUUGGUGCUCAUCACUGUAUAAUUUUGUUCUCUCACUUUCUCUUAGGAAAAUGAAUCUCUUUGUAAGUUUAUAAUGGAAUAGUUUAGUUACUGUAAAGAAAAACAAUUUACAUUAUAUAAUUGAAGACUGUUUCCAGGGUUACAUGAUUGGUGUUAAUGUAUAUAAAGUCAAAUUAUUGUGAAACUUUAAACUAAUUUUCUUACCUUGGUGUUCUUUUUAAAAUUCUCUGUAAAAUACAUGAAAAUGAUAAAUGAUUAGUCACAAAAAGCCAGUAUGAGAAUUUUUCUAUUUUAUAAUUAUUAAGUAUUUCUUAUGAGUUGUCUUUGAGGCUUUAUAAUGGUAUCUUUAAAAAACGGGAAGCAAGUCAUAAGCUUUUUAAAACUCAUGAUUCAGAUCUCACUGUGGACCAACUGUGCAUUCUUGUGGAUGGGUUACCAUGUGUUCCUGUACUAGACUAAGUGGACCAGAACAUGUGUUUAUCAGUUUCACACACACGUAUUUAAAAGGUUAUCUUUUGCCCAACAAUCUCUACAUCUUCAUUUUGGUACAGUGGAGUCACAACUUGUUAGGUGGCUAGGUUUUAAAAAAAAUUGCCUAAGGUCAAAAUAAAGCAUGCUCAAAAUGA